UCCCUACAGAAUUUCGCGUACAUGUUGCUUCGCACCGGAGUUCACGUUAAGGUACAUUUUGAAUGGUAGGAAGAGCGAAGCAACGCACCUUUUGUAAAAAUAAUUUGUCGUCCGAAAAUUGUGAUGUGUGUUAUUUAGAUAGUUUACUUUUUAUUAAGGUGUAUUGCUGGAACGAAGAGCACGGCUGCGAGUACACGGGCACCAUGGACCGCAUGCUGAAACACUACGAGAACGAAUGCACAUUUCACACCGUGGAAUGUUUGCGAUGCGGCGAGGGAGUCCAACACAGAGACCUGCCAACGCACUACGUGGCCGGAUGCGGGGCCGGUGUUUCUUCCGCGAUCACACAGUGCCGGUCCUCGGAACCUACAGCACUGACUCUAGAAAACGUGAACGCUGCCCUGGAAGACCUGAAAGCGAUGUUGGGGGAUGCCAACCAUGACCGGCUGCUGCCAGAGAUCCAGAGUCAGUUGAAUGAGCUUAAAGCACAAGUCAGAAGCCAGGAAACCUUGUUCGCUGCUAUCACUCGCGAGAUCGGAGCAUCCGAGCGCAAUUUAAAGGGUGACAUGGCUCAACUGGCAGCCACGAUCUCAUCUACCGCGUCGCACCUGCUGACUUUCUCGAGAAAUGUGGCGGAGGAAGUCAGCAUGUCUUCGUCGCUGUCGUUGCGCUCGGAAAAGGCGCUGAUACUUAGAAAGUUAGAACUCUUAGCCGACCUGAAACAUUCGCGGCGAAAUUCCCCGGAGCCCGAUUCGAGCCGUGUAAUUGCUCAUUGUAGGAUUUUCCGCGGUGGCGCUCGGCAUUUAUAUAGUGCGCUGUCAACUACACCCGCGUGGAUUAAAAAAAUUGGGAACGUGACGUAUGAUGUGACCCUGGAAAACUGUGAGGAAAUCAUUCACUAUCAGGGAUUGAGGAAGAAGUUUGUUGAGGUUAUGGUGUGGCACAUGAGGGACACGUACUUUACGGUUGCUGUCUUCAAGGAUUGGGCUAUUCCUGCACCUGUUCUCACCGUGAAGAUCGAGUUUAACGGGAUGCUGGAGCACUCUAGAUGUUGGCCGCCUUUUUGGCAAGUGCGCGUGUGUGGUAAUGGAACAAAGAAGCAUCGUUCGUUCACUUCCCGUGCCAUGCCUUGUUUCUGUGACCACUAUGAUGACUCGUUGCAACACUUUCACCUCGAAUUUCAAAUAAAUAUUGCCUCGCUGAAAAAAGACGAUUUCGUCCGAGACGGAAAGAUAACGUUAGAAAUCUUGCUCAACGAUAGAGAAAUGGACGGCGGGGUCAAAGGGGCACCCUAACGUUCGUCCUUGCAGAACGUAUACUGCCGUGCAAGGAUCGUCCUUGCGAGUUCCCUUGUGUGUGACAUGAGCUUAUUGAACUUUUGAUGUCUUUUCUCCGAAAUGAAAUUUGCUCUGCGCAAUUUCUUUUUUUUUUUUUGCUUUGCUUUGUAACUGUCAACCUAUUCUUUUAUUACAUUACUGGCUGCGCAUUUUGUUGUUUAUUUGUUGUGCUAAUACAGUAUGUGUUCCUUA